CAUCGAUGUUUCCCCACCUCUAAUUUAUCACAAAAAGACGCGUCGGACUUUUAGUUUUCAGCGACUUUAUUUUUUUAAAUUAGACAAGCGUCCUCAAAUCAAAAUAGCAAUACUUCAAAUGCAAUUACAAAAAAGAGCACUCAGCCGCAGAGCUGAAAGCGGAAAAUAACGGAAAAGUGGCCGAGCACAAUCGAAUUUUCCUCGUCAAAAUGUGCGUUUAAAAGUACAUAACAUAAAUCUGACGGGGUGAGGCUGGCAGUAGUAGGCAAAAUUCACAGCAAAAGCUUCGCCUCAUGGAUCCGUAUCACCAUAUCAAACAUCAUUAUCCACCCACAAGCAUAGCCAGCACAGGAGCGGCGGUGGGCAGCUUUCCGGCAAUCAACCGACCAGAAUUGCACCAAAAAUGCAACCGGGGAUCGCACUCCAGUGACACCAGUUCGGCAUACAGCGGUAGCGAUACAAUGGCCUCAAACUAUGCCUCUUCAAUGGAGGCCGAGGAGAUUGACCUAUCAGGCUUGGUGGAGUCCGUCGUAGACUCUGACGAGGAGGAUCUGGCAGAGAGCAUGGAUAGUCUAACUGUUCGAGAUGCAGUGCGGGACUGCCUGGAGAAGGAUCCGGCGGAGCGUAGCGAAGAGGACGUGGAAGUGCUGCUUGAGUUCACGCAGGGCUUAAAAGCUUUCACUAACAUCACACUGGCAGUACGACGAGCACUCUGUUCAGUGAUGGUGUUCGCCGUGGUGGACAAGGCCGGAACCGUAGUUAUGUCAGAUGGUGAAGAACUGGACUCAUGGUCGGUGCUCAUAAACGGGGCCGUGGAGAUCGAACAUGCGAACGGCAGCCGGGAAGAGCUGCAGAUGGGAGACUGUUUCGGUAUCCUUCCAACUAUGGACAAGCUUUACCACCGAGGUGUGAUGCGGACCAAGUGCGAUGACUGCCAAUUUGUGUGUAUCACGCAAACGGACUACUACCGUAUUCAGCAUCAAGGCGAGGAAAAUACACGGCGGCAUGAGGACGAGAAUGGGGCCGUGGUCAUGGUCACGGAGCUAAGAUCCAUUGGAGGCGGUAGCACCGAUUGUCCUGGCGGUGGCGGAUCGUCAACGAAUGCUUUGGCUUCGUUAAACAUGAAACGCGGCCACGUCGUUAUCCGCGGCACUCCGGAGCGGCUGCUUCAACAGCUGGUCGAAGAAAACUCAAUGACAGACCCAACCUAUGUGGAGGACUUUUUGCUUACACAUCGCAUCUUUAUUCAUAACCCGAAAGAGGUGACCAGCAAGUUGCUGCAUUGGUUCGAUCUAGAGCAAAUGGACGCCCACAAGACUCAAGAACUGCGAGAUCGCGUUACGCGCGUGGUGCUCCUCUGGGUUAACAAUCACUUCACGGAUUUUGAAGCAGACCAUGAGAUGAUGGAGUUCCUAGAAGUCUUUGAGGCACUGCUUGAGAAAAAAAAAUUGUUAAGCCAACUGCGUCUUUUGCACAUUGCGUGUGCCGCCAAAGCCCGAAUGCGCAGCUCCACCCUCACUCGAUCUUCGCGUGACGAGCCGCUUAAAUUCAGCAUCGUAGGUGGCUAUGAGCUUAGAGGAGUAGCCGUAGCCACCGGAAACGCAGCCGUGGGCAUUUAUAUUUCGCACGUUGAACCGGAUUCAAAGGCACAGGAGGUGGGACUCAAGCGAGGUGACCAGAUUCACGAAGUAAAUGGACAGUCACUAGACCAUGUGACUAGCAAGCGAGCCAUCGAGAUCCUUACGGGCACCACCCAUUUGAGCAUCAGCGUAAAAAGCAACCUCCUUGGUUUCAAGGAGAUUUUGCAGGCCCUUGAGCAUGGCGGUGGAUCCGCUGGAUCCGGAAGUAUCUCUGCAGGCAACGUCACUUUUAAAUGCCUAAGAAGUCCACGCCGCAUUUGCGCUAAUGACAUUGCUAAGUUGCACGGUCGCUCUGAUAGCACUACCGAUGAAUUGUCCACCGUCAACGCCUCGAAUCGGGCGCAUAUGGUGCGCCUAAGUUCUGUAGAUAUGCUACUCGACCAGCCGGAUUGCGCGCCCCCGCAAACACCGCCAGUGAGUGGAAGCGGUAACAUGGCCUCCAACUUUAUGCAGCAGCUCCUACAAAGCGUUAACAACAGCUCCGCUAAAAAGAGCUCAUGGUCCAACUCUAAUUCGGAUCAGCAAGACACAAAAGGAGGUUUUAUGACUUUGGCGCCCAAGCGGCGAUUGCAAAAGGCGCUGGCAAAGAUGAAUUUGCUCAAUAAACACCAUCACGGAAGCAGCCUUAACGAUUCAUCGGACACGCUGCUCAAUGAGCCCAAGUCAAAGCUCUCUACGGUCACCUCGUGUAGCAGCUCUACUCAGUCUUCAAUUAAUGGCUGUACAGUCAGUGGCAGUGGCCGUCUUUACCAGUCGCAAUCAAAUCCUGAUUUAACCAGUCUCAACUAUGAAGGAGGCAGUGAAGCGGGAGGAAGUGGUGACGGAAGGCUGCAGGCAAACUUUCUGGGCGCACACGUUCACCGGCCAUCAGCAGCCAGUACCCUAACGACAAACUCGAUGCAGUCACACCUGCCUGACUACCCGGACCACGUGUUAAAAGUGUAUAAGGCAGACCAAACGUACAAAUAUGUGCUUAUCUACAAGGAGACGACGGCUCACGAGGUGGUAAUGCUGACACUGCAGGAGUUUGGAAUCCACGAUCCUAGCUCAAAUUUCUCUCUUUGUGAAGUGAGUGUAGGCGAUGGAGGGAUGGUAAAGCAGCGUCGGCUUCCCGAUCAGCUGCAGAAUCUGGCAGAGCGAAUAAGCUUUGCGGCGCGCUACUACCUUAAGCUGAAUGAUAGUACCGAACCACUAGUUCCAGACGAACUAGCCUUGGAGUUAGUACGCGAGUCAAGUGUGCACUUCCUGCAGCUGAAUGCAUACGAGCUGGCCAUUCAACUCACCCUUCAGGACUUUGCCAACUUUCGCCAGAUUGAGUCUACCGAAUAUGUGGACGAAUUGUUUGAAAUACGCUCUCGCUACGGGGUGCCCAUGCUCAGCAAAUUUGCUGAGCUCGUCAAUCGCGAAAUGUUUUGGGUGGUGGGUGAAAUUUGCGCCGAGCACAACAUCGUCCGUCGCAUGAAAAUAGUAAAACAGUUCAUAAAAAUUGCGCGCCACUGCAAAGAGUGUCGUAACUUCAAUUCCAUGUUUGCUAUCGUCUCCGGCCUGGGGCACGGAGCUGUGUCGCGACUGCGUUUAACGUGGGAAAAGCUGCCUUCCAAGUACCAGAGGUUAUUCAACGACCUUCAAGAUUUAAUGGACCCUUCGCGCAACAUGAGCAAGUAUCGGCAAUUAGUGUCCGCCGAACUGCUGGCUCAGCAUCCCAUCAUUCCGUUUUAUCCAAUUGUAAAAAAGGAUCUUACUUUUAUCCACUUGGGCAAUGAUACGAGAGUGGACGGCCUAAUCAACUUUGAGAAGCUUCGUAUGCUUGCCAAGGAGGUACGCCUACUGACUCAUAUGUGUAGUUCACCCUACGAUCUGCUGUCUAUCCUUGAACUCAAGGGACAGUCUCCCUCAAACGCCCUUUUCUCGCUUAAUCAAAUGUCUGCGUCACAGAGCAACGCAGCCGCCGGCACAGUAAUCGCGGCCAACGCUGGCCAGGCAACUAUUAAGCGGCGCAAGAAGUCAGCGGCGGCGCCCAACCCCAAAAAAAUGUUUGAGGAAGCGCAGAUGGUGCGUCGAGUAAAGGCGUACCUUAAUAGCCUUAAAAUACUCAGCGACGAGGAUCUUUUGCACAAAUUUUCGUUGGAGUGCGAACCGGCACAGGGAUCAACCUACUCGGGCAGUAUAUCGCACGGCAACACAUCGCACCGUAGCGGAGGUGGGGGCAGCAUCAGUGGCGGUGGCGGUGGAAGCUCUAGUGGAGGGGGUGCUGGCAGUUCCAGCCUCAAUGCCGGCGACCAACUGAGCAUCUACUCGCAUACCAGCUCUAGCUCGGCACCGAAUUCCUCUCUUUCGUGUCGCAAAAGGCACCCAAGUUCGCCCACCCUUUCGACUACCAGUUCAACUAGUUCCACCAGCGAUUAUCAGCGGCGACAUGUUCACAACAACGGGCCCAAGUUUGGCACAGCUUCGCCUCAGGCAGUCAAGAAGAUGCUAUCGCUGUCAGAGUCUUCCAAGAUCCGGCCACACCAGCCGUUCGUAACACGCCACGGAUCCGCUGUGCCUGGUGUAAUUCCGCCGUUACAUCACAUGCAUGCCGCACAUGGUUUCAGCACACCAUCGGCUGGUGGAGUAGCUACUUCGCCGGCGGCAGGUGUAGUACCCAAUGUUCAGUGCACGCCGAGUCCUAGUCCCUGCUCCCAUCGACGUCUGGCAUCGGGAGGCAACAUAAUGCCCACACGUGCCAUCCACGAACGAUCGCACUCGGAUACUCCAGCUCCGCCCCCGCCUUUACCAUCGGUUGAUCUCUCUCUUGAGAGCAGUAGUGUAACUACUUUUCGCGAUUUACCACUGCGCAAAUCCGUAACUUCCGGUUCCAUAUCGUCCUGUGACAGCGGCUACGUGCAUCAGCAGCAACACCACCAUUUGCACUACCGACAGCAACAGAGCAGCACGCAACACGAACUAUCGCCGCCGGUUUAUACGGCAGCCGACUGCCGGUUGCUGCAACAAAUAUCAAACAAUGCAGUGACUCGAAAUCUAAACAGUUUAUGUCAGAACACAAACACAUCGUCCAGCACACCAAUACCUCCACCAACACAGCCGACAGCAACCAUUCAGCUUUCUGCACCACCGACGGCAGCGGCAUACAUGCAAAUACGCAACCAACAAAAUCAGCAGCUUCAGCACCAACAGCAAUCCUUGGUCAUGCCACCCCCGCCUCCACCGCCGUACAAUGUGCCACCUCUGGCCAGUCUCUACAGUCACCAUCAAGGCAAUCCUGGUAGCAGGCCUUUGAACCACAUGCAUGGUAAGCGGAACUGAGCAGACUUCAUGCAACCAGACCCAGAUCAGGAUCCAGCAACUUACAAAUGCAAUGCGGGAACCGAGUCAGGUUUUUCUGAUAUUGGCGCUAACGGGAUUUUGGUGGGCCCGCCAAAUUUUAUGGAUAGCACCAAGUGUACCAUAUGCCCCAUGACAUCCAUAAAUCAGUAAAAAAAACCCAAUUGUGCUGUUUUUACUGCUGCAUGUUUAUUUAAUUAGUUUAUAUAGAGCUGCCAAAAUUUGUUAAUGGUUGCGACUUCACGUUUGGCAGCAUUUAAUCACGACAAACCCAAUAACUUUUUCGGAGCAGCCAAAACAACACUGGAAUCCAUUUGUUUUGAGUAUAUGAUUAGCUUUAGUGUUUUAAAAUUUAAUUUUAGUUAGUGGUAAACGAUUUAUAUUUUAAUUUAGCAAAAUUCUUUGUACACAUUUUCACCCUCAUCUUUCAUCGCCAGCGUAGAAGUUGCCUUUUCUCUUUAAAGAAAACGUCUGCAGGCAGACUCUCAAAGCAGACCCUAAUUAAAAUUUUAAGACUUUUCGUCGGUAUUUAAAAUUGUAAGAACAGAACAAAAAAUUGCAUGCCUAUCAUGACAAUCGAUAAAGAACCACAAAAUGAAAUCAACUUAAAGCUCUCGUUAAUUCCAUAAAUGUUGACUUCUUUGAACACUUAUGUACAAGUAAAUUUUACUUCUGUAUACGCUAUAUAUAUAUAACCUUCGCUCCAAUUCCAAA